AUGGUUAUGAAGCCUAGUCCGACGCUGAAUUUGACACUUCAGCUGAUUCUCCUAAACUUUCUCAGCUUCUUCUUCUUCUUCUUCUUCUUCUCCUCCGCAGAGAGCUUCGAACCUCACAGAGGACCUUUGAUCGAAGAGCGGGCUACAAUCGUGCGCCCGUAUCCCCACCCAAGGAGCGGACUCGAUGCCCAUGCCGGGGGUGGAAGUGGCCAAGACGAUCAGACGGGAAAGGUGAUGUGGGAUCCACUCGCCGGCGGAGGAUCGGCCGACGAAGGUGGCAAGCCAUACAUUGACCAUGCGCAGGGGCGCUCUGAAUCCUCUGGAUCUUCUGCAACAAACCCAGGCCCUUCGGGUCCAGGCUUCCCGGUAAACCUCCCAAACGGCCGAGCGAUCGCUUUGCCGACCAGCCGGGAACGAAGCGGUCAAACUAUGCCUUUGACCUCAUCGACUGAGAGACCAGGAGCGAUCUCCCUCGACCAGCCGCAGACGACCCGAGCUACGAAAAACGGACCUUUGUUUAUCUCGGUCGGUACCUCUCUGUGGGCUAGCGUUGAUAACGGUAUUCACUACUCCUCAGUCAACUGGAGCCUUCUCCAGGGAAUAAUGUCCACCGUACUUCGGAGCAAUCGAGCCGAGAACGUCGUUCUCUAG